UGUGUUUGUGAAUGCAUGUGUCCGCUCUGUUCACGCCAGUCAAGUUGGUGAAGAUAAUUUUUCCUGUCCCUGCACCAGCACCCCCUCUGUCGCCACCACGACAUCGCGGUUCCAGUAGAUAAAUGAAAGUUGCGACGGACGUGGCGCGUCGAGAAUAUCACACCGCUGUUUCUGAAUGAGUGAGGCAGAGAUGCCGCCACAGACAAGCUGAGACUACGAUGCUCUCAUGCAGUGUUUAGCAAGGUUUCUCGCAGUUUCUAGUUUUCCCCCAAGAAAUCAUUUCACUCUCUUCAGCUGCGCGACUCACUAAACUCUCCUUAUGAUUAGCUGAGGGAGUGACAACUUGAACUUGACAUCAGCAGACGACAUUUUAAACAACUUACGUGUCUGAAGUUACUGUGCUUUAACGCACAGUUUUCCAAAGUUGUUUUUUUCUUCAACUCCUUGUUUUAGUUUUAUUUGUUUUAUUUUUAUUUUUAUUUUUAUUUUGUUGUUGUUGCUGUGUUUUUUUUAUCUCUGGGCGGUGGGAGUUUUUCGUGCACUUGGAACGUUGCUGUCAUCUGUCUGGGCCACACGACGACACUGCAUCAAGCUGUGGUUUCGAAUUCAUCACGUAACGAGGACAAAACAGCCCUUUGGGUCAUUUAGUUCUGCAGACCUGUGUUGGCCUUGCGACUUUUGGCGCCCCCGUCGAACACCGAGGCGAAAGAACGCCUCUACACGUGCGUGCCAUGGUUAAUUCAUGCAGUUUCCGGAGUCAGUGAGUACCUGUGUGCGGGUAGAAUUCUAGCAUGUCGUCUGGGAGUGUCUUGCCCACUGGCAGCGCAGCGCAAGAAGCUCACUGCAGUCUGCACGUGCGUGCGAUUUGAAUUCAUUAAGUCUUCUAAAGCCAACAGCAUUGUGAUACAGAGUCUGCGAAGACAAGAGGCACUCUGUUCAAAAGAGGGGUCACUGAUCGAGUGAUGUUGAUAGAGUGUGAGUUGAUCAUGGCAUGACAUUGGCUAGAGAAUAACACGACCGUUUUGUUGAGAAUUCAUUAAUUAUUGUUCAAUUCAAUUAAACUGUCUCGGAGGUGAAGAGUGUAAAUAAUAUAUGAAGAUUUCAGGGAAGUCCCCGCUUGCUCUGCUGGCUUUAAGUUGCUGCAAACUUCAUCUAUGAGAGUUGCAUGCAAUAUCACUUGACAUUUUUGUCUUUUUGAUCGAUUUUAGACCCUCAUUAGCUAUUGUCAAAAAUGCUGAAAGCAGAUGGUCAAUAAACAGGAAUCAUCUUAGUUUCCUUCUCUCUGCGAAUUUUUCUGUUCAUGCUUCUUGGGCAUACAAUAGACCUUGAAAAACUGUAUCUAAAAGAACACAAUCGAGAAUGGUAAUUAUUCUCCUGGAAGUACUGAAAAGAAAAUCUCUUACGACAUAGACGGACUGAUACUUUAAACAAAUGAGUGUGAAUCAAUCAUCGAGAAAUGCACGUUCGACUACAUACGCAUGUACAUAACCCAGCAGUAAUUUACUUUCGUUCUUUAGUGUGUGUCGGACUCAGGAAAGCGAACGUAACAUACCCUGAUAUAAGGGCACCUGACUGUUGAACUUUGAGAGACAACAAAAGAGGAUGACCAGCGUGGAGAUCAAACGAAGCCCGGUUAAGAAAGAAUCUUCAACGUACAAGUCGAGUUCAAAUCCUGGUGAGGCAUCAACGACCUGGGAAGCUGUUGCAGAUGUCAUGGAGAGCGGCUGGGAUUUUACUCAACUAAGUGACGAGGACUUUGAGGAGUUCUGCGUGUACAUCGUGCACGACCGCCCCUGUGAGCCGCUCAGCCACAACAGAGCCCAGGCCUCUCUCCCGAGGAACCUCACCCUGCGGCCCUCACUCAUCUGCCCCAACGUUUACAAAGACGGUCGCCUGGACCACGUGAUCCAAACCACAGACCCCGAGCGCUCCAGCUGGCAGCACUUCCUGAACGUGUCCCCGAGCCAGCAGCAUCAGAACCUGGUGGCGUGCCAGCACGGGGAGCACAUCUACUUCUACACGGUGCGCCCGGUGGAGGCACACAGCGAGCUGCUCUUCUGGUUCUCCAGGGAGUACGCCGACAGAGUGGCCUGCCCUUGCAGACCCGUGGACCUCAGCCGUUAUCCUUUUCUUGAACGGAGCGCAAGUCCUCCCCAAAUGACAGUUGCGCCAAGAGAGACCCCACCCUCUUCGGUGGAUGUCAAAAAAGUCUAUAUGAUCGACUCUCACCGUGACGUCACCUCAAAGUCCCCGCCCUCCGUCUCCCCGGGGCUAAUCAAUGACGUCAUCUCACCACACAGCACACACAAGGCCACCAAUAAUGAUUCACCUUCUUCGCAAACCAGCCCAUCGCCGAUGCCAUUCCCUCCACCUACUUAUAUUUCCACACAAACUCCGCCCUCUGAUUUGAAACACCACGUAUCUGUGGCUGGGGUGGAGGAAGCUUCUCCUGUGUUAGAUUUCAGCAUCCAAAGAAAAGAAAACACUCACGAGGCUGAAGAAGCACCUCAGAUUAAAGAAGAAACACGACAUCCUUCCCCUGUGAGGAACAAACGUGCCGCGCAGACAAAGAUCUGGUCGCCCCGAGAGGUGAAAUCUCCCAAACUCCAUUACAACCAUGAUCAUAUUCAUCCUUUCAAACGUCUCUCUCACCAAGAUUCGAACUUCAUUCGGAAACAUUCCCCCGAGAGGACACCCCCACCAGAGGAGCAGACACCAUCGCAGGAAUUUGUCUCCUCUACCCCUCCCCCACAGCCCCCGCAUCCCUUACCUCUUCCUAUCCAGGCACGCCAACAACACCCUCCAACCCCGCAAUCUCAACACGACAAGCCCCCGACAGCUCAUCAAGGGUCAGGGUUCAAACCUGUCAUUGGGAGCUCUUCUAGUAAAAGAAAUGCAGGGCUGAUAGAAAAUCUCCUGGUGAAAAAGAUGCAAGAGCAAGGACAGGAACUGGGGCCUGACAUGUUUCCUUUUCCCGUGAGUCACGGAUACAGCCACACACCAACUAUCUCUGAGAUCAAGUCAGAUGUAAGUUCGCUCCCCAAAUCAUCGUUCGGCUCGGAGAUUCCUAAAAGAAUGGACCCCAUGAUCAGAGGCGGGAUGCCAUUUCCUCCCUUGUCGUUUUUCAAGCACGGGAGUCUUUAUUCUCCUGGUAUGACCUUUCCUUCCUACAACCCGCUUCUCAACCCUCUCAAACCGGACAACUUGAGUCUCAUGUUCAAAUUUUUCCCUGGUACCAUGAAACACACUGCGCCCUUCAACCCUGGAAUGAUGGUCCCCAGUCCUUCAGUCCCCGUCCCCACCCUCCCCGGCCUCCCCAACCUUUUCCCCUUCAACCCCUUGUACCAGCAACUAAUCUCUCACUACCCAGCGCUCCCAAGUUGGCCGCUCUACCCGCCAUUUUCCUCCGCAGACCAAUCAGCAGCCGCCGGCCUAAACAUCAUCCCUCCCCCGGCCAACGCCAACCACCAACAUCAUCAGCAUCACCCCAAUCAGGACCAAGGGUUAAAUCUCACGAAGCCCAAGUCUUCAGUGUCUCACCUGAGCCCGGGCUCGGGGGGACGAGGCUACCGAAAUCUACCUUACCCUCUGAAGAAAAAAGAUGGGAAGAUGCAUUACGAGUGCAACGUGUGUCUCAAGACAUUCGGUCAGUUAUCCAAUCUAAAGGUUCAUCUCCGAACACACACCGGCGAGCGUCCCUUCGUGUGCCAGACGUGCGGCAAAGGCUUCACACAACUGGCGCACUUGCAGAAACACAACCUCGUGCACACGGGUGAAAAGCCACACAAGUGCCAGGUGUGUGACAAGCGCUUCAGCUCUACUAGCAACCUCAAGACACACAUGCGGCUACAUUCCGGGGAGAAGCCGUUUCACUGUAAAUGUUGCAAUGCCAAAUUCACGCAGUUCGUUCACCUGAAACUGCACAGAAGGCUCCACACUAACGAACGCCCAUUCGAAUGCUCCCAGUGUAACAGAAAGUACAUCAGUCGUAGCGGCCUCAAGACGCACUGGAAAACUGGCUCGUGCGUUCCCCAGAACCCAGCCGCCGACUUCAACACGCUGAUGAACAUGAGCUUUGACGACAAGGAUGAGGAGAAGAGCAACGACUCGUGCGACUCGAGUGCUGAGUACGAUAAGGACAUUGAAAUCGAUGAUGAAAUUCGUGAAGACAAUGAUGAGGUCGCUAUCUCAAACGUGAAAUCGAGGGGUCAAGACGAGGGUAGAGACGGAUGGGGCCAGGAUUAUUCUGCUUUUAGCGAAGUCAGACAGGACUCGGGUCCAAGGGGAGGCCAGUUACCGCUUCCCAAUAAUCCGGUUUUUCCAGAACCGACUGCAGCAGACGAGCCAGUUCUCUCGCCAAACAAACCCAGGGAAAGACCGGAUAGUCGUUGUGACAAACCGACUUUCCGGAAAAGUGACAGUGACGUCUAUCCUCUCCGUACAUCCACGCCCGUGUCGGCCCUCGCCUCUUCUCCUGCUCGUUCUUCCAGUGAAGACGACAGACGAGAUCGAGGCGUCUCAGAAAUCCCGACCAGCUAUCCCCAUCUUCAACCCUUUUCCUAUCCCCACCAACUCUUCUCCCACACUUCAGCUCCUGUAGAUUUCGUCUCCUCUCCACCCAAACGAUCAAACAGUAAAAGUGAUGACGUCGCAGCGGAAGCAGAAAUACAUACAGAGUGCGACUCACGUGACUCCCUCAGCAAGAGACUGACUCAUCCUGUGUUCCCGUACGGUGUUCUUCAGCACAGUCCUGCAGAGGCUCAGUCUUUUCCCACCGUGGCCUCAGCCCCAUGCCUGCCCUCCGCCCAUUCUCAGCUGCUUUCUACCUAAUGUCACUUAACACACCUGCUCCUACCGUAUCAGUUUUCACCAGUGUCUUGCUCAGUGUGGUUUUCUGACUUCCAGCCAUAUAGGACCCUUGUUGGUUCUGCAGAUUUCCCACCCUCAUGUCAGAUUUGUGAUAAACACAUUCUCGGAGCAUGCCUAAGUCUAGAUAUUCAAGAUUUGUACAGGGUAUCAAAGAGAACACCUCAAACAUUUAGCCACACGCUACUCAAGAAACAUUUGACGAGAGCUCUUCACUUUCCACCAGAUGUUCUCACCUAAGUGCAAAAGACGUUGCGAUACCAUCAAAGAACCUCAUUGACAAUCAGUUGAAUUAUGACACAUAAUAUAGUCUGUUUUGUCUAUGAUUUCGCUGUAUGCCUUUUCACUAUAGCGACAGGGCUGUAUGUGGCGUGUAUAACAGGCGAUCCUGUCUUCUCACGAAAUCUGCUAAGAUUUCACUCAGUGCAGGGAAAACCGCCUCAAAUACGAGAGUCCCACAGAACAAUGAAUGUCAUAUGGACCUCAGUGCAAGACAAAGAACGAUGAAUAUCAUUUGGGGGCCUAGUGCAAGAUGUCUUGCCACAUGCCAGUGGAACUAGCCACUAAGACGAUAUUAAUAGUGAAACGUAACUAGCAUGGAAGAACAUUCUGCGUGCAUAAUAAUAAUAAUAUUUAUUGUGUUUCAGUUUCCGCCAUUGUCACAUUUCCUAUUGCAUCAAGCAGUAAUUUUUACGGGAUAAUAAUUUAAGUUCAUUCACUUUUAAUUAUCAUCCCCCCUCCCCAUUCUCUAUCUAUCUAUCUAUCUAUCUAUCUAUCUAUCUAUCUAUCUAUCUAUCUAUCUA